GGAUGGAUAGGAUGUAUGGAACUAAAAAGGAGAUACGCCUGGGUACAUGUGUAGCGAGUUGUGGCUCGAUGACGACUACAAGCAGCGUUCAAGCGAAGUCAAAAACAGUAACAACCCCGUCUGGAACGAGACCUUUACCUUCAACAUUCCCCAAGGCUCGUCUGACAAGAAGCUUUAUCUCAAGGUUCUCGACAAGGAUUUAAUUGGCAGCGACAAAAUUGGCGAUGCCAAGGUUAAUGUCAAGGAUAUUAUCAAUGGUGGCCAAACCUUUGACGAGUGGGUCAAGUUGCCAGCCAAGCUUGGUUUGUCCAGUCAUGGCGAACUGCGCGUGAGCAUCUAUUUCACGCCCAACUAAACAGCCGCUCGUUGUACCUACAUACAAAUUAUAUCUACAUACAGCAUCUUAAGUAGUGAAUAAUAACUAUUAUAUAAGCACCAUUAUCUUUUCUCCCGUUUUCCCUUGGCUUCUAAUUAAAUACAACAAUUUGCAAACACUAAAAAAAAGGCUUCUCUGGGAUUCU